CCUAAAAUGCUGUAUAAAAGAGAAAAAAAUCAUUACGAUACUAUGACAUUAUGUCAAGCAAGAAUUGUGAUACCAAUUUUUUUGUUUAUGGUGAGAAUGAACAUACAUUAAUCAAGGGUGAAAGAGAACCACUAAAGAGAGAACUGGAACACGUCAAGCGAAAAAGAAAAUUGUCUGAUAACAUUUUAGCUACAAUUACAAGUGUAGUUCAAUCGCCUUUUCAGAAAAAGCAAAAGAGACGAAAUCAGAAUAUGGGCUCUGCAUGCACAAAAAGGUCCAAAGUGCACAUUGGAAAACCAGAUGAGAAGCCAACUAAACAAACAUCCAUAAUGUUGGAGAAAAGAAGUGGGAAGGUAUCGCCACAUUUGUCAAUGGAACAGGAUAAACCAUUGGAAGAAUUAAAGCCGUUGUUUAAAAGCCAUCUUUCAGUUGGUCAUAUUACUCUACAUUCAAACAGUGAUGUCAAUGUUAAAAACAGUUCUAUACAGGAAGAAGGAGAAAGGUCUGGCUCAGAUGAAAAUAAAGAGAACAGUACUCGUGAAAACAGUGUUUGUAUGAGCACCCGUUCGUCUGAAGACAUGGACGGAAAUAUAAAUAACAAACAAAAUAGUUUACCUGACUUGCGAACAAAAGACAAGUGCAAGCGUGUUACUAGGAGCUGUAGCCAUGGUGAUACACAAUUAAAAAGUAGCAUUGGCAGUACGAAUUUGUUGCUUGCAAGCACGUCAUUUGCUCAUCGGAAAGACAGAGCUGAUACACAGCGCCAUCAUUCAAGUGAUAAUGUAUUGGCAGUGAGUAAGCGUACUAAACGAGCUCCAACAGUAGAGAAUGGUGUUCAUGUAUUGGAGGCUAACCAGGUUAACUGUUAUCAAAUAUUGGAAGAGAUUGGCAGGGGUUCAUUUGGUUCAGUCUGUAAAUGUAUGUGUUAUGAUGACAGAAAAUUUUAUGCAAUGAAAAUUAUCAGCAAAAAACGUUUGAUGAGAAAAAAUAGGAUGUUGGCACGCCAUCCAAAAAGUAAAAUCAAUCCAUUAGAACCACUUCAUCGAGAAAUAGCAAUCUUAAAGAAAAUGGAUCAUCCGAAUAUUGUAAAAUUAAUUGAGGUUAUAGAUGAUAUUCAAGUGGACAACGUUUACAUGGUGUUUGAGCUGAUGCAAAAUGGUGUGGUGAUAGAAGUUCCAUCACAACAUACAAUACCAGAAGAUAGAUCAAGAAGAUUAUUUCGAGAGUUACUGUUAGGAAUUGAAUAUUUACACUACUCCAAAAUUAUUCACAGAGAUAUUAAGCCAAGCAAUUUGCUUUUGGAUAACAAUGAUCAUAUCAAGAUAGCAGAUUUUGGAGUUUCGAAUAUGUUUGAAGGGGAGAACGACCUUCUAUGUAAAUAUGCAGGUUCGCCGGCUUUUCAAUCACCUGAAGUUUUGAACCACGAAUCACGUGACAAGUAUAGCGGGAAGGCAGCAGAUGUUUGGGCGAUGGGUGCUACAUUGUAUUGUUUCUUGUAUGGAAAUUGUCCUUUUUCCAGUGAAAAUUUGGGUGAAUUAGUCCAACUCAUUAAGAACGAACCAGUGGCCUUUCCGGACGAACCAUUAGUAAAUCCACAAGCACAAGAUUUGAUCUCGCGAAUGUUAUCCAAAGAAGCGAAGGAUCGAAUCAAUAUCGCUGAAAUAAAGGAGCAUGCUUGGGUUACAGAGGGAGGUCGUUUCAAACUUCCAUCCACUGAAGAGCAUUGUAGUGUUAUUGAAGUAACGGAAGAAGAAGUGAGAAACAGUAUAAAAAUCAUCUCCAAACUCUCAUCUUUGGUACUUGCAAAGUCAGUGCUCAAAGGCAAAACAUUUGUCGGUUCAUUACGCACAAAAUCUGGAUGGAAAAGAAACCAUUCUCUACCGACCUCCUAAUCUCAGAAUGCACGAUCAAAUCACGCAUCACUAUAGUAACCUUCAAACCGUUGUUGCGAAGUACAAUCGGUUAUCGCGGAAUAGCGACUUAGCUGUUUGGUUGUGGUAUGAAAUCGACGGAUCUGAUUGGUUUAUAAAAGCGAACAAUCUGACUGGUUAUGGCAUGAAAGCGACAGAUCUGAUUGGUUAUAAAAGCGUCAGAUCAAUUGGUUAUGGUGUGAAAUAAAUAAAUUCGAUUAGUAAACGAUGAUGUGUCAACUUUUAAGAAGAUUUUAAGAGAUUUUCUUUUUUUCCAUUUCACACUAUCAGAUACAUUCGUAAGUAUGACAUUAGCGAUGUCGUUAGAUAAACAGUUGAUAAUACUUAGUUUCGUUUCUUUCGAAUAUUUUUGCUGAAAUUUUUAUCUGUGAAGGAAAGUUUAAUGAAUUAGAUUUUUAUAGAAGUUCUUGAUUUCAUAAAUUUCUUUCAUUCAGCCUUUAGGAAGAUUUUUGUAUAUUAGAAUUUGUUGUAAAUUUUGUAAAAACUGAUAAAAAUAUUACAUUUGUAUAUAUCUAUACAUAUAUUGUACAGUGAACCUGUCUACUCGUUCGUUCAAAGUGGCAAAAAUAAGCAAAAAAUACCUAAAAGUUGAUGUUAUGUAAGGGUUUUUUAUAUUAUGUUAUUUGUUUUUUUUUCUGUAUUUUUUUUAUAUAAUUCACAGUACUAAAUAUCUUGUACAUGCUUUUUGUUUCGCUUUUCAUAACUUGGGACCGAAAUAACAGAGUGAAUUAUAAAUUUCCAAACAACCUGAUAGAAACAACCUCAAAAAGAUAGAAACAAGGUCGUGUUUUAAAAUGAGGCGGGAAAUUUAUGUAAAUUCAAAUGUAUGUAUUUAUGAAAAAGUGUAUAUGAGAUUUAGUAAUAAUAAU